AUGCCGAGCACGCUCGCCUACUUCGCCGCCGCCGCCGGCUUCGCAAGCCUCGCGCAAGCUGCCGACGCCACCAAGCCCCGGGUUGUCGGCUUCCCCAUGGCCAAGAACCGCCGCGACGUCCUGGCAAAUCUUGCCCGCCGCAACCUCGCCCGUCGCGACACCGUCACCGCCAACCUCGCCAACUACCAGUCGCUUUACCAGAUCAACGUGACCGUCGGCACACCCGGCCAGCGCAUAGGCCUACAGAUUGACACCGGAAGCAGCGACGUGUGGUUCCCCUACGCCGGCUCGACCCAGUGCCAGGAGGGCCAGUGUGAGUCCUCGUUCCGGCCCGCUGAUUCGUCGACCUUUGAGGAUGUUGGCGAGAAUGAGUUCCAAAUCCAAUAUGUCGACGGUACCUCCAUCACCGGAGACUACAUUCGCGAUGUCCUGGCCAUUGGAGACACGGAGAUCAGGAACAUGACCAUGGCCGUCGCCACAGACGCCGACGACACGCCCAUGGGAAUCAUGGGCGUGGGCUUCAUCCAGGACGAGACGUUGGCCCAGACAGACAACACUACCUACCCCAAUGUUCCCGUCCAGCUGUUGCAACAGGGCCACAUUAGCAGUCUUGCGUACAGCCUUUGGCUGAACGAUCUUGACGCCAGCACUGGCAACGUCCUCUUCGGUGGUGUUGAUAGCGACAAGUACUCGGGAAAUCUCAUCGGCCUGCCUAUCCAGCCUGACUCGCAAAGCGGCGAAAUCACCUCGUUCACCGUCGCUCUUGGCGGUGUCAACGUCAAGUCCAGCGGCGGCAAGAGCGUGUACAGCAAGACGGAUCUCGCCGUUCCCGCCAUCCUGGACAGCGGCACCACGCUGACACUGCUGCCCGACGAUAUCGCUACAGACAUCAUCAACGGCGUGGGCGCGCGCAACACGCGCGACUACGGCUAUGUCGUCAACUGCAACAUUGGCGAUACGGGUGCCACGAUCGAGUUCAGCUUUGGCGGCGACGGCGGCCCGACCAUCAGCGUGGGCAUGGACGAGAUGGUGCUGCCGUUGACGGACACGGACGGCAACCCGGCGCGCUUCCGCAACAGCGGCGAGGAGGCCUGCAUUUUCGGCAUCGAGCCCGCCGGCGACGCGCCCAUCCUGCUCGGUGACACCUUCAUGCGCUCGGCCUACGUCGUGUACGACCUGCACAACCGCCAGAUCGCCCUCGCCAACACCAAAUUCAACGCCACCUCGUCCAACGUCCAGGAGAUCUCCAACUCCACCAUUCCUGGCGUCAGCUCCGUCGCGUCCGGCCUUACGGUCACUCAGACCGCCACCGGUCCCAUCCGCCAGUCUGGUGCCGAGCAGAGCAAGACGGCCGCCGAGACGGGCGAGCCUGGAACUGGCACCUUCGACCUUGGCUCCUCGACCGGCACCAGCUCCUCGACCAAGGGCGCCGCCCCCAUGGGCCUGCCUGCGCCGAGGAUCGCUCUCGAGACAGUCAUGUGUGGUGUUGUUGUGGUAAUUUCUGCUAUGUUUGGUGGUAGCUUGAUGAUCUUGUUCUAG